AAAAAAAAAUAUCAUAAUGUGGAUGAGAGAGAGGGACCACACUACUCUCUCUCUCUUUCUUUGUUUUCAUCAAGCACCAAAACGACAUCGUCUUGUAAAUUAUAUAAUCAUACCAAAGUCUCAAACUUUCAUCAUCGUCUUACAGUUCAAUCUCAACAAAUAUGCUUCUCUCUCUCGUACAAACCUCUUCAUCAUCAUCUUCUUCAUCUUCAUGGCUUUCAUUUUCAUCAAAUUAUUACUUCCACAUUCCAACCCAUUCUUCUUCUUCUACCCUUUUGCCCAAAACCCUUUUCCCUGAUACCCUGAAAACAUUGUUACUCUAUUCAAGUAAAAAAUCAUCACUUGGGUCUGCACUCAAAUCAAGAAAGUCCUCAUCUUUACUAACCAUAUCUACUAUUCAGGCUUCUUUGCUUGAGUCUCCAGUUUUAUGGGCUGGUCGGAUUUGUAUCUUUUAUGCCCUUUUGAAGGCUGGUUUAGUUGGAUCUCAGGCUAAUCCACUUGUUUCAGAUUUGCAAAGAAGUAAUGAAGAUGGUGAUGGUGUUAGUGGUGAAACUGGUGAUAUGGGUUUCUCUAAGUGGAUGAAUAGCAUAAAAGGGAAGCCAGUGAAAGAUGCAGCUGAUAGAAGGAAAUUAGUGAGUAAAUGGCAUCCCACAACAAAAGGAACACUCAAAAGGAACUACAGGGUGCCAUCUAAACUCGAAGGAAGGCGACUUCUCAAAGCCAUUGCUUCCUUAUUGUCAGACGACGAUCACUUCGUAGAUGCAUCCUCCCACAAGGGUUGUCAAAUUCGAAGGGAGAGCGCACAUGGAGAGAGCGUUUGUUGCAACAAUGUGAGGGCCCUGUUUGAUGAACUCCCAACUCCACACCUAAUUGUGGAGAUCACACCAUUCCCUGAAGGGCCUCUCACUGAAAAAGAUUACACCAAAGCUGAGAAAUUGGAGAGGGUACUUAGAACUGGCCCGAACGUUUGAUUCUUCUCUCGAGUUAAAUCAUCGCUGUCUCUCGUUAGAACUACAGCUUAAUUGUAUGUAUGUUUUGAGCCUUGUACAUAUUGAACAGAAAAGUUUGCUGCUCCACAUUUUACCUGAACUGAAAACAUAGCAAGCUUCCUUAAAUUGACAGUUUUAGUUUUCUUGA